GGAACUGUUUUUCAAGCCCAUACCCUUGCCCGUACCAAAUUUCUCCUGAUUGAAAUGACUGCAGUAUCAUUUAUUGAAAAAGAAACAACUUUCUUUACAAUUAAGUAUGUCAUCCUUUUGGCUGUUUUCUGUCAAAAACCCUCAAAGACUUGCUACUCAGCUGUGAGCUCACCACCACUAUGGUCGAGAAUCGCAUUUGUUUGUGAAGCACCAAGCUUGCGUGUUUAGAAGUAGGAGCCGUGGGUGUUAGAUCCCAUGGCGGCCCCUACUGCUGUGGUGGUGCUUGAUCGUGGAAAUAAUACUACUUGCACCGUAAACUUGCAUGGUGCAACAGUUGUAUCAUGGCGGGUUAACAACCAAGAACAACUGUUUGUCAGUAAACAAGCUGUCUUUGAUGGGAAGAAAGCUAUACGAGGAGGCAUUCCCAUUGUUUUCCCGCACUUCGGCCCGUGGUCGCUGGGUCCGCAGCAUGGGUUCGCGCGCACCAGUCGCUGGCACCUGGAGAAGGCUCCGGAGCGACUGCCCUCCGGCGACAUCGAGGCCAUCUUCGUGCUCAUGGACAGCGAGUACACGCACCAGUUCUGGAAACACUCGUUCCGGCUGACAUACCGGCUAAUCUUGCGAGAGAAGGAGCUGCACUUCAACAUCGGCGUGUACAACCCGCUGGGCUCUCAGGACACGUUCAGCUUCACACUGCUGCUGCACACCUACUUCAAGUGUCCCGACGUCAGGAAGUGCCAGGUCACUGGCAUGCACGGCUGCACUUUCAUCGACAAGACCCGUGACGGCGCCGUCUACCAGGAGGGUAGGGACGUGGUCAUGAUCAACGAGUGGACGGACCGCAUCUACCAGAACACGCCCCAGGAGCACAUCAUCACCAACGUCGUCUCCGGCAGGAAGAUGCGGAUACAAAAGUUCAACCUGCCCGACACUGUGGUGUGGAACCCGUGGGAGCACAAAGCCAAGGAGAUCGCCGACUUUGGGGACGAGGAGUUCCCCAACAUGAUCUGCGUGGAGGCGGGCAACGUGUCCACCGGCAUCAUCCUGCCGCCCAACACGGUGUUUGAGGCCUCGCAGAUACUGCAAGUGAUGUAGGCGUGGCGCCGCGCCGGGCCGCGCGCCCGCUAAUAACGGUCAGCUCAGGAACUACUGUUGAACUUUGAUUCUUUACCCGGAUAGGUUAGGGAGCGAUAGAGCGGCGCAUGUCUGAGGGGACGGCGCUGCCGCGCGGGGCCGGCCGGCCGGGCCGCGCGCGCCGCCCGCCCGGCCGGCCCCCUCCGCACACACGGAGAGACGACGCUAGGCGUAGGCACCUUGUUAGCUACUGACCGACCGCGAGCCACGCUUCGCGACUUUCCGUUAACGAUGCGCCGGACGCCUCGUCCGGCGGCCGCACGCUGGUUUGGCUUUCGUUUUCUUUCAGCGCGGCGUCGUCAUCGGAUGACGCAGGUGGCGCGCCGGCAGGCCGCCCGGUGGAGCCUAGCGUCCGCCGGCGGCAGACCGGCCGCCGCGCCGCGCCGCCGCCGCCGCUUCUGAAGCGCGCGCCCGCGUGCCGGUGUGUGACACCGCGCGACGCCGGCGCUCUCGGGCUCCAUAGCACCCUCGGCCGGCCGACGCGCUCCCGCCGCUCCUCCCGGUCCCCCACCCUCCCCGUAGCCGUGGUGUUUUAGAUGCAUUUAGCCGGCGGCGGGCCGCAGUCGCGGCGGCCCGCGCCGGGGCAGAACAAUCUCAGGGCACGUCAGUUCCAGAGGAGAGCGAUGGGAUCAGGGUGGAGUCGGAUGGUCGGGAGUCGGGCCGGGACGGACGCCGCGGCCCGCCGCGCCCGCCUCUGUCGGCUGCGGUCCGACGUUGUCGCCAACGACCACUGAACGGACAGCGGCGAGCCGGGCGGACGGAACGGCCCGGCCAGUUUUCACCUCUGUUGGCACACCUGUGCUCGGCUUUGGCGACAUGACUCUUACCACUAUUAUACACGCGGCUCCUCGCGUGAUCGGCGCCGGAGACCGUCCGCGCGCGGAUAAUCUGUCAGGUGAUUUUUAUGGUUCUUUUAUAUGCUGAUUUACAACGGAAAUUCGUGGGAGGCUGGAGCGAGGAAGGAAUGGUUGUUAGAAUGGGUAUAACCCCGGAAUAUUGUGCAUGUUAUAGGAUUGUAUUUUCUUUCAAAACUUCGAUGAACUAAUAAACGAAUGGGCUAA